AUGGACUCCCAACCAUCAUCGAAAGUACUACACAACCGCAUCAACACCAAUGUCUCACAAUUACUACAACGAUUCGAGAACAUCAUGGCCACUGCGACAGUCGAUAGUACCAGUCACACGGCCACCGCUGUCGAGACAUACCAGCUUGAUGUGGAGUCGACAGCAUUGGUCCGCGCUGCAGAAGAUAUCCUCGCAUUGACACGCACGAUGAAAGAAACAUGGCUAUUUGGAAAACUGGAUACCCUGGGCGAAGAUGAAUCGGAGGUGAAGAGACGCGAAGAGCUGGAGAAGAACGCGGCUGUAAUCGAAGGGGUGAUUGAUGAGUUGAAAUCUUAA